UGCAAAGUUGGUCUGCUACCCGUCUUCUGAUUCACUAUUAUGUUCAGUUGCAGGUUAUUUUUGUAAAUAAAACAUAUUUGACAAAAUCAGUUUGAAUACUCAAUAUAAGUAAUAUUAAUUUGAUCUGUGAGAUGACGUGUUGCAUAAAAUAUUCAACGUUAUAACACAAGCAACAUGGAAAUUGGUCAAUGAUUUGGCUAGUUAUUGAAAGGUGAUGGAUUACAGUAGUAAAAAGGUGAAUGGUCAACAAGAUGCCAACAACCAGUUUCCAUCUGGACUGCAAGAUUGUAGAAUCUCUUUAUCAGAGACUAAAGUUAGGGCAUUCUCUUUGGAUUUGGAACUUUGUAACUUGAAGCGAGCCUAUGGUGUUUCACUAGGGGACCAUGAAAGUUCACUUUACCCUGAGGAGGAUUCUAAAACAAGUGAGAAUAGAGAAGAACCUCAGAAGAUUAAAGAUGAAGAACCUGUAAACAGUGAAGAUGAAGAAGUGGAACAAGAAAUUGACUGGGCUGAUGACCAUCAUCCUCUGGAAUUCUGUGAGAGUCAAAUAGAGGAUGAAACCGAUGUCACUUCAUCACAAAGAAGUGAACAUGAAUAUAAAUGCAGUUAUUGUUUGUUUUUUGGCACUAAAACACAGUUACAGAUCCAUAAUGCAGAUUGCCACCCUGAAGAGCUCGAAAAAACCCACUGGUGUCAACAUUGUCAGCUGAAUUUUGAAAAUGACACUAUUUUCAAAUUGCAUGAAACACAAGAACACAUACAUCCGUGUGCGUUGUGUAAAAGGAAUUUCAAAAAACAAAGAUUUCUUUUGGCUCAUCUGCCAGUACACUCAAAGGAGAAAUGCUUUAAAUGUCCAACUUGCAAAAAAGAGUUUCCUACUCAAAGGUAUCUUGUGAGGCAUAUGGUGCGACAUGAGAAGAAGGCAGAAGUGAGGAAGGAAGUAGAAAAACGUUCUUUUAAGUGCACUCUUUGUCAGAAAAUAUUUAUGAAGAGAGAAUCUCUAGCAAAACACAUGCGGAUACAUUGUCGGGAAUCUUUAAAGUGUUCACAGUGUGAUUUUUCUUGUGAGAAAAAAGUGAUACUGAAAAUGCAUGUUUUGACACAUGAAGGUAACCGCAAAUACAAGUGUGCACGAUGUGACUUUAGUUUUAAACAGAUUGGACAUUUAAAAAGGCAUAUUGCACGAUUUAACCACUGAGAAAUUGUUUCCUCUUUAACAUUGUAUUGGCUCAAUCAUUUUCAGUGUUUUAGACUGUCUUCUUUUUAAAUAAUUUGAAUGAAUAAUAUUAAUCAUGUCAUAAAUUCACAAUACUUAUUAAGAUCUUAAUUUAAUGUGACUAUAAAUUAUUCUACUUAUCAGAUUAGCUGUACUUCUUAUUUAUUUAAUUAAUAAAGUUUUAACUGUUGUUAUUCAUUACAAAUAUUUAUGUAGGUUAUGUUUUCAAAAGGGAACAAUCUAUCAUAUGACAUUUUAUUUAAGACCAACCGUUAAUUAUUAUUAUUGUUGACUACUUGUCUUGUGAUAUCCAAAGAUUACAUUUUGUUAAUUAUUGAAAGUUAUUGAGUUAUUUGUUUUUUCAUAAACAAAUACAAAAUUAUCUAUUGUUUUCUCUUUGUAAAGUUUAGAAUCAAUUAAAGUAAUUGUUUUCAAAAUGG